UUAAGCGUGGCUUUUGAGGAAGAUGUGACAACUACCGGGAGGUCUUUUCGCCAUUCCUCCAGGACUUCCACCAUAAGGAAAGGAGCCCCUGGACCAACAUCCUCUAAGAUGUUUAUAUGGACUAGUGGCCGGACCUCUUCAACUUACAGACAUGAUGAGAAAAGAAAUAUUUACCAAAAAAUCAGGGACCAUGACCUCCUGGACAAAAGGAAAACUGUCACAGCACUGAAAGCAGGAGAGGACCGAGCCAUUCUCCUGGGACUGGCCAUGAUGGUGUGCUCCAUCAUGAUGUACUUUCUGCUGGGAAUCACACUCCUGCGCUCAUACAUGCAAAGUGUGUGGACCGAGGAGGCUCAGUGCACCUUGCUGAAUGCGUCCAUCACAGAAACAUUUAACUGCUCCUUCAGCUGUGGUCCAGACUGCUGGAAACUAUCUCAAUACCCCUGUCUCCAGGUGUAUGUUAACCUGACUUCUUCAGGUGAAAAACUCCUUCUUUACCACACAGAAGAGACGAUGAAAAUCAAUCAGAAGUGCUCCUAUAUACCUAAGUGUGGAAAAAAUUUUGAAGAAUCCAUGUCCCUGGUGAAUGUUGUCAUGGAAAACUUCAAGAAGUACCAACACUUCUCCUGCUAUUCUGACCCAGAAGGAAACCAGAAGAGUGUCAUCCUAACCAAACUCUACAGUUCCAACGUGCUGUUCCAUUCACUCUUUUGGCCAACAUGUAUGAUGGCUGGGGGCGUGGCUAUCGUUGCCAUGGUGAAACUCACACAGUACCUCUCCCUGCUCUGUGAGAGGAUCCAACGGAUCAAUAGAUAAAAGCAAAGUGGAUGAGAUUAUUUUCUUUAAAGCUCAAAUACUGUUUUCUUUCAUUCUUCACCAAAGAACCUUAAGUUUGUAAUGUGCAGUCUGUUAUGAGUUCCUUAAUAUAUUCUUAUACGUAGAGCAAUAAUGCAAAAGCUGUCCUAUAUGCAAACAUGAUGUCUUUAUUAUUCAGGAGAAGAAAUAACUGGUUUUUGUUG